AUGGACGCCCUCUUCGCACCUUUCACCUCGGUCCAGGCUGUCUCCACUGAGCAGGCCCCGGUCAACAACGAGGAUCCUAGCAAGACUGGACGCCCCUGGGGUGGUGCUUGCGUCGUUGCUUGA